GUAUAGAUAUCACUAAUGCAUAUCGUAAACAUAAACAACUGCAGCAGUGGACCUUUCUGGCUUAGCUUUAGCUAUGCCAUGAUUUAGUUAAGUAAUACUGUAGUGUUAAUACUGUAGUGUUAAUACUGUAGUGUUAAUUAACAAGUGUCAGUGAGUAACAAGUUGGAAAGUACAGUAGGCCCACUAAUCGAGAACCAUUUUUGUAUCUUUACGUCGUGACGCACACAAAACCUGGGCAGUAUUAUCUGAAUUUCAUUGGCUAAACUGCAACUCAAAUCCCCCUCAAAUCAAACUGACCCGAAAAGGCGUAAACGGAGCUGGAGCUGCGGAGACAAUUUAUUGGGAGAGAUUCAGAUUGCACCGCCGCGCCGGCUGUGCCGUGCCCGGGACGCUACUGCUAUUAUUUAAGUCUGAAUGAAUGAUUAGGCGGAGUCUUCUUCCAGCUCAGCUCAGCUCAGCCCAGCUGCAGAUCUCCAAAGGCCAACCUCGCCUGGGCAAAUCAAACAUAGAACCUACAAAAGUACAAAUGUAGAGAAGAAGAAGAGGAUCUUGAAUGUUCUGUUCUCAUUCACUGUAUUGCUAGAGAACAAAUAUGGCCUUUUCAUCGUUUUAAUAUCUCACUACAGUAACACUACAGUCACUGACUACUGAGUCAGUAACAUUAAGUAUAUUAAAUCUGCCCUCACUUGGCACUGUUGACUUUUUACUUUAAGUUUUGAGAAAAAAAAAUUGAAGCACACUUUAGGAGAGAUGGAGUUUGAAAUAGAGCAGUGUGAAGCAUCCCAGGAGCAUUGCAAUCAAUUCAUGUCAUCAGGAGUUGGCAACAAUGAUACAAUGUCAGCUCUUGCUUUACUGAUGGGAACAACAUGGCUGUUCUACUGGGUUCUCUCAAGACUUUUCUUAUUUGUAGCGUUUCUCAACAUCAUCCCACUUAUGGUGCUAAUGUUCCUCUAUAUCUCUUCAUUCUACGCUCAUAUCUACAAGACUUGGUACCACAUUGGUGGUGACUCCACAUCCCAGGUCUACACGGCGUCGGUUUUCGAGAGGGCUAGGAACAACAUCGUCAUGGCAUGGGAUCUUUUUGGGAAAAUUUGGUUCGGUUAUGAAAUUCAAGGUUUGGAAAACGUACCAAAGGAGGGUGGAGCAAUGUUGGUGUAUUAUCAUGGGACUAUUCCUAUCGAUAUCUACUUCAUCAUCAGUAAAAUAAGAUUAGAGUGCAAGCGCUCUUUGAAUCUAGUCGCUGAUAGAUUUGUUUACAAACUCCAUGGCCUCAAGCUCCUGUGGAGAAUCUUUGCAGUGACAACAGGUAACAGAGAGGAUUGUGUUCGGAUCCUCAAGGAGGGUAACUUAUUGGCCAUAGCACCAGGUGGUACCAGGGAGGCCUACUUCAGUGGAAAUACAUACCCUCUCAUGUGGUUCAAGAGGAAAGGCUUUGCACAGGUUACGAAGGAAGCUAAAGUGCCUAUCAUUCCAGUCUUUACUCAGAAUUGCAGAGAAGCCUUCCGUACACCCAAGCUAGGGCGUAACAUCCUCCGGUGGCUGUAUGAGAAGACUAGAGCCCCAUUGGUUCCAAUCUAUGGGGGUUUCCCUGUGAAACUGAAAACAUUCAUCGGUCCUCCAAUACAAUGGGAUCCUCAAAUGACAGUAGAUGACAUUGUACAAAAGGCCCAUGAAGCAGUUGAGGGUUUGAUUCAAAAGCACCAGAAAAUUCCAGGUAGCAUCCGAAGAGCUUUCCUUGAACGCUUCUCAACCUCCAAAGAAAAGGAAGAAUAAGUACCUUAGGUAGAAGAUAAAUUUCAGGUCUAAGACAGUACAUGUUUAGAUCUAUACAGUCUUUCGACCCCAUAUAAUAAAUAUAUAUGAAUCAAAAUAGAAAUGCCUGACAGUGUACAAUCAUACUUUGGACCACUUUGGCCCGAAUUCACAAAAGUAGUUUUGAAAAUCCAUGGCUGAAUCUAUGGUUUAUGCAGAUUUCCUGCAUAAAUUAUGCUUAAUUUACUGCGUAUCGGGCGCGUGUAUAAAAAAUUCCAAUGCUGAUGCGCACUUUUGUCACAGUGCGCCAAAUUGGCCCCUGUUACCAUGGUUAGAUACGCUAUUUUAUUAAUGAGUCCACUGUUUGAAGAGUGGACUCAUUCAUUCAAAACAGAGGACUCAUGAAUAAAAUAGCGUGGAUAACCACAGUAACAGGCGUCAAUUUUGUGCACUGUGACAAAAGUGCGCGUCAGGAUUGGAAUUUUUUAAUAUACACAGUAAAAUAAACGUAAUUUAUACAGGAAAUCUGCAUAAACCAUGGACUCAACCGUUGGUUUUCAAACCACCUUUGUGAAUUCAGGCCGAUAUGUCUUAAGACCUCUGCACACCUUACGAUUGGUCCAUGGCCCAAUCUUUUAACAAGUCAGAUUUAUUUUUUGAAACUGAAUGAAAGGUAUCUUUUUCUUUGAGGUUCAAAUUAGCUGUAAGAACACUAUAUAACCAUUUUGGAUGAUUGCAAGCAUUUAUUAGGGGGAAGUCCAUAUUGGUUUCAAAUAAAUAGCCAAUCAUACGAUUGCUGUGAUGUCAUGACAACUAGAUAUUCAAUUAACUUUUAUUCUAAUAUUCAUGGCAGCAUAGUCACAGUAUUUGUGCAAUGAUUCAGAAGUCUAUUGAGUAUUAUGUUCCAUGUCUCAAUAUUCACAUCAAAUUUUACCAAGUUUUAUUCCAAAAUUGGGUCACAGACCAAUCAAGAGGUGUGUGGUGGCCUUUACCUAAAUGUGUAUUGAAAUUUUAAUUUGAAAAUCUGUUUUUUCCAUGAUUUGGUAUUUUGUGAUUUCUUCUCAUCAAGUACUGUUUAUGUGUAUGGUAGAUAUGCUAAGAAUAUUUGUUUUAAUCCAAUGUGAUACUUAAAGGGCUUAAGUAUUCAUAAAGUACUAAAGUAUACAGGAAUUAUUUAUACAUUAGUAACACCAUGAAAAGAGAAGAUAAAAUAUGCUGGAGUUUUUAAGGAUACUGUAAGUCUGACAUGAUAACCCAUGUAAUAUUCUGUUUAAAGGACAAGUCCACCCCAACAAAAAGUUGAUUUGAAUAAAAAGAGAAAAAUCCAACAAGCAUAACACUGAAAAUUUCAUUAAAAUCGGAUGUAAAAUAAGAAAGUUAUGACAUUUUAAAGUUUCGCUUAAUUUCACAAAACAGUUAUAUGCACAUCCUGGUCGGUAUGCAAAUGAGGGAACUGAUGACAUCACUCACUAUUUCUUUUGUAUUUUUAUUAUAUGAAAUAUGAAAUAUUCUAAUACUCUCCUCAUUGUCCUGUGAAACAAAGUUUUAUUUCUCCCUGAACAUGUUGAAUUACCAUUGCUUAACAUUUUAUGGUUAUUUCAAGUUGGUCCUCAUUGUCAAAUCUGCAAAAAUUGAAAUAAUGUAAAAUUCGAACAAUGAAAAACAAAAGAAAUAGUGAUUGAGGGACAUCAUCGAUUCUCUGGUUUGCAUGCGACUAAAUUGUGCAUAUAACUUUUUUGUUAAAAAUAAGCGAAACUUCAAAAUGUCAUAACUUUCUUUUAUUUUACGUCCGAUUUUGAUGAAAUUUGCAGCAUUAUGCUUGUCUGAUUUUUCUAUAUUGAUUCAAAUCAAUAUUUUGCUGAGGUGGACUUGACCUUUAAUAUUACCAAUUUUCAGGGUUUAGAUCAAGCUGUAGCAGUUUGAAAUCUUCUUAGCAGGGUACCGGUAAUGAAAAUGUCAGAAAUUAUGGAAAGAGGGAGAUAAAAGUGUUUUUUGAUUCGCUUGCCACAGAAAUAUUAUUCAGUUCAUGAUUUUUUUUUUUUUUUUGCCAACGUGCAAAUUAUGCAA